AUGUCGCCACCUGCUGUUUGUGAUGGAGCAGUGCGGCAAAAUCUGGGCGAAACGAAGCAUCUUCUAUCAGUGUAUAAAAUCGAAGAUACUUUUGUUUAUAUUACCUUUUCUCCCUCUAGUGAAGGAGAUGUCGAUCAGUUUUUCCUGAGGGGAAAAAGGAUGCCUUCUAAAUCUGAUCAGUUGCCUUUAUCCGACUGUCAAAGUGUUGCCAUGGACCAGACCACCCUAGUAGAACAAGUGAAACGAGUCAAAGAAAUCGAAGCUAUUGAAAGCAACUGCUUUAUUCAGCAGACAUUCAGAUCAAGUAAGGAAGUCAAAAAGUCAGCCGAAUCUGCAGAAGGAAAGACGGAAUCCACAACUUUGGGAGUGGUGAUUGCUGAUCUGUCCAGCAGUGAGAAGGAAGUAGACCUCAGCUCCAUUCCUACUUCGAUCAAGUACCAAGAUGAUAAUUCUCUCGCACAUCCAAAUCUAUUUAUUGAGAAGGCCGAAGCAGAAGAAAAGUGGUUCAAGAGAUUAAUUGCUCUCCGGCAAGAAAGACUGAUGGGCAGUCCCGUGGCCUGAGUAACCCACGUUCGACUGGAUCGACAGAGACGUGGCGUAUUCCACACUUUCACGUUUUUAUCGAUUUUGACUAUCUGGGGUGACUGUUCCUAUUGGAAAGGUGGGAUUCUAAAAAAGGGAUGCGACUCGAUACAUAUAUCGUAUCACCUGUUCCAUGUAAUCAUGAGUAUUGUGGAUUGUUGGCAAGUUUAAGAGGAAAUUUUGAGAUUGUAGUAAAAUAGUGAGACCGCCGUAAAAAGAGCAAACGCUUAAUUCAAACAAUGUGGUAUCAAAUUGGGCAGAAAGCAGUUGGACACUGCUAAAUCGCAUGAUUGAAAAUCGUCAGAGGAUGCCAGCUAAUUCUUUCAGAAAUCACACAGGUCAGUUCACAACAGGCAGCAAUUUGCAUAUAGCUUUAUCACUGCCUCUUUGCCAAGAACAAGAGGGUUCAUCCCUUGGAAGGAAUAAAAGAGGACAUUUCUCCCUGGUAGGGCAAUUCAUUCUCUCUACCCAUUCUCUCUGGUGGUCGGAGCAAUGAGAUUUUCUGUCACCGUGGUAUGUUCCCAUCCCUAGGAGUUGAAUGAUGACCAACGUUACAGGCUGGGUAAGAAUCCCUGGAGCAGAGCAACCAUUAUCAUUACCAACCUGAGCUAGUUUUAAACAACUAAGGUGAAAAUCUUUGUUUCUCAUUGGAAAUUCACCUUGCUAUGUAGUCUCUCCCUCUUUCCUCUACAAACAGCAUGCCAUUUUGAAUGGAAAAUGUCCAUGAGCAAGAAAUAGAAACUAUCACGUGUUAAUGUAGAGCUUCGUGUAGCGCAGUCCAGAUUUAAAAGCAAGAUUGUUUGCUAUUGGGAAAUAUAAUCAUAAAAUUCAUGAAAUUGAUUGAAAUCAUGUACCAUGGUUUGAAUAAACCUGUAAUUCUGUCU